CCGUUCCAGCGGGUGAUCCAGAGCCAUGCAUUUAAUCUUCUAGAUAUAAACGACGCUACGUCGGAAAUCAACGUGGGAUUUCACACCUUUGAGGUUCCUCGUAUAGAAUCCGGGAAUCGACGCCGAUUCGAAACUGCUGAAAAUUUGACAGACGCCCAAUAUGAAAUUGCAUCCCUGACAACAGAUGUGGAGGAACUGAAAGCCGGCUGGACAGCCACGGACAUUGCUGUUGCUGAUCUUAUGAGGGAUUUGAAUGUUGCAAGAGAGGAAGCGUUGGCAUCCAAUGUCCGGAUUGCGGAACUGGCAUCGACAUUGAAUGUGGCUACGCUACUGAACUGGGACAGUUCAAUAGGAGCAAUGCCAGGAUCCUGUGCGGAUUUGAGGCGAAUUGAACACGUCAAGAAUGGAAUUCACUUGGCUAUGGGGGAGAAAGGCGUUGAAAGCGUUUAUUGUGACUUUACUUCAGAAGGAAAGAACCGUUGGAUUGGAUAUGCUGAUGUCAAAACGGCGCCGGUGUAUUUCUCCGUGCAAAGAACUAGUCGAUUUAACAAAACCAACGUUCCAAUUCCAUUUGAUCUCGCGAAAUCCGCUAUCGGAAACGCCAUGAAUUUGACGUCGGGAAUUUUCACUGCACCCAAAACGGGCACCUAUUUUUUCAUUUUCAACGGACUGGUUGAAUUCGAUGAAACCUCCAACGUCAUCCCUUACCUGGCCGUUGGUCUUUUCCUCAACAAAUCGGGUAACAGAAUCGCCUUGGCUUUGACGGAAGAGGCUUACACUGUGAAAGACCAGUAUAGAGGCCAACGUGCUCCAUUGGCCCUUCAAACAACAAUUCGGCUGCAAGAAGGAGAUCAGGUUUGGUUGGAAAUCUUGGCCCAAUCACGGGAACGGUAUCUCUCUUUGAUAACACAAACAAUCACUCGGCUUUCACUGGAUGGCUGA